GCAGGGUCUGCUUACAGGGGCUACUGAUACAACAACAGUUACAGUAACGUGGGUACUUGCACUACUACUAAUCAACAAUCUUCCUGCUCUAGAAAAGGUCCAAGAAGAAUUGGACGUGCAUGUUGGAAAGGAAAGAUUGGUGAUGGAAUCGGACAUGGACAAACUAGAGUACCUCCAAGCAGUUGUCAAGAAGGCACUGCGUCUCUACCCAGCUGGACCACUCUCAGGACCGCGUGAAUUCUCUGAAGACUGUGUUGUGGGAGGCUACCAUGUGCCCAAAAGAACGCGAUUGAUUGUGAACCUUUGGAAAAUGCAGAGAGAUCCAAGGGUAUGGUCCGACCCAUUGGAAUUCAGGCCAGAGAGGUUUCUAACCACCCACAAGGACAUUGACGUUAAGGGUCAGCACUUUGAGCUCCUCCCAUUUGGUGGCGGUAGAAGGCUGUGCCCUGGAGUCACCUUCGGCUUGCAAAUGACGCAACUGGUGUUGGCCAGUUUGCUGCAGGCGUUUGAUAUCUCGACUCCAGGGAAUGCCUCCGUUGAUAUGACAGAGAGUCCUGGAUUGACCAACAUCAAGGCCACCCCGCUAGAGAUCAUGGUCAAACCUCGCUUGUCUUUCAGUCUCUAUGAUCAAUUAUGGUUGACGACAUGGAACUCAGAGGUAUCGUAGAGCUUGAGCUGAAUCGGUGUAUCUUUCUCAAUCUUGGCCACAUUUCUAACAGCUUUGAGGUAGCUUCUUCUAGGUGAUUCCCCAGGAGAAGUUUCCUGCUCCUUGAUAGCAACUUUGACAAAGGAAUUCUCAGAGCCGUCUAUGUCAUGUCAAGGUAGAAGGUAACGUAAUGGUCGUGGAUGACUCCGAUCACAUUUUCAGACAGAAGCGUGCCGUAGAGAUUUUCCUGCUUAGGCACUUGUCUAAUGUUGUCAUACUCACUCCCCUUCACCAUCAAAAUGCUGCUAAGUCCAACCUGAUUUUGAAAUUGGGGAACAGAUAGAUACAUGCAAUGUAGUCAUGGUAAAAUUAAGAUUUUUCUAUUUU